AUGGCCGUGACACCGCUGUUCUUUUUUCUCCUCAUCUUCAUCUCAGGUUCCGGGGCGGAACCUUUGGUGAAGGAGGCUGGCACUUCUGUCCAAAUGCAAAUACAGGAACCUACUUUUAGCACAUCUAGCUUUGUUGAGUUAUACUGGAAGUUUAACAAAAAAAAUAUUAUCAUAUUUAACCAAGAGAAUGUUGUGAAGUAUGGUGACUUUAAAGCCCGGAUGGAGUUUAGUCAGGAAACUUGCAUGCUGACCCUGAACAACCUGAAGAAGACAGACAGUGGACUGUAUGAAGCAAUAGCGUCUGCUGACACGGAUAAAUCUGUUGCUGAGUACUCUCUCACUGUGAUGGAUCCAGUGGAUCCUCCAGUUCUGACUUACACACGCAGCGCUGACCCCUGUAACAUCACCCUCACCUGCAGAGGUCACGACCUCUCAAUCAACUCCAGCUGUUAUAAUGAGACCUGUGAGGAGAAGGAAGUGACAUCUGGAGGCGUCACCCUUUCCCUGUCAGUGCGGGACGGUGCCAUCAUCUGUAACUGUAGCAACCCGGUCAGCUCUAAGCAGAAGAAUAUAACAUUUACAGAACUCUGUGCUCAUACAGAACAGCAUCUGAACCGCGUCUACACAAGAGAGGAGAUCUAUGAUCAGUCAUCAUCACGCGAAACGAGGGAGGAGACUGAGAACCCCCAGCAUCCAGCGAGUAAUGGAGCAUCAGGAAACUGA